AUGAGUGGAGAUAUUACAAGAGCUUAUGGAAUUUUACUAUGCCGAGUCUUAGGAAAUAUUGGAAUAAAUACCACAAAUAAUAUAAUGAAAAAUAUAGAAUUUUUAUUUUUAAAGGCAUCCUAUGGAACUAAUCAUUGGACUCCCCCUAAAGGAUUAGUUGAAGAAAACGAAGAAGGCUUAACUACUGCAGUUAGAGAGACAGCUGAAGAAACGGGACUAAAUAAGGACAAAUACAAACUCUUAAACUUUGAACAAACUUUAAAAUAUUUGGUUAAUGGGAAACCAAAAGAAACAACAUAUUAUUUAGCUAUUUUAUUAAACAAAGAUGAAAACAUAAUUUUGUCUGAUGAGCACACAGAUUAUAGCUGGAUAAAAAGUGAGCAAUCAAGUGACUAUUCUCUUUCACCAUCCUUACACGAUUUAAUGAUAAAUGCUGAAGAAUAUUUAGCAAAUAAUUCAAACCUUAUACAAUAA